CAGGGGAAGUGCAUUCUAGGGUUCCCACCCUCCAACAUGUGUCUGAAUCAGUGAAUCAUUCUGGAUUCUAAUUGUACCGGAUUCUUAAAAUUAACAUCAGCCGCCCUCUUAGUCCUUAUAAAAGGAGGUUCAGUAAGUUACGGGACUCCACAACAUCUGGACGGACAGUAACUUCUUUCAGGUCAUUUGGUUUGAAUCAGAAGAAAUCUGUGAAGAUGACUCCAUUAGUUUUUUCAGCUCUAUUUCUGCUGGCUUCUGCUCUACAAAUCAGUUUGGCUCAGACAAGCUGUACGGGCCGAUGUGGUGGAGAGUAUUACAGGGGUUACGAAUGCCAGUGCGAUUAUGACUGUCUCACUCACAAUGAGUGCUGCAAGGACUACGAAUCCCAGUGCACCACCAGUGGCUCCUGUAAAGGACGCUGUGGGGAAUCCUUUAAAAGAGGCAGGGAGUGUGACUGUGAUCCAGAGUGCUCUCGCUACAACAAGUGCUGCCCAGACCACAGCAGCCAAUGUGGCACGGACGUCAUGACCUCUACAACCACAAGACCAGCCAGUAAACCAAAACCGAAGACUAGUUCAUGCAAUAACGUAAUCAAUAACAACCCAAAAGAACCACAGCCACCCAAGAUCCAACCCACAGAAAAACCAGAGAUGACUACUGAUCCACCGGAAGAACUAAGUCAAGUUCCAGAUUUGACUGAUGAAAUGCUCAUUCCAUCAAUCAACCCAGAACUCCAGGAUGUUGAUGUUAGAAGUCAGAUCUGGCCUGACCUCCUUGUUCCCUCUCCUGCGACUGGGUCUGAGGACCCUGAGGCCUCCUUUAAUUCAGAGAGCACCAGUGGGUCAGAGCUCUCUCUAACCGAGUCAGUGCCGUCAGACCUUUCAGACCCCUCUCUGGACACCACCACACCACCCACAGAAUUAGACAGAGACAACGCGGCCUUUCCUCAGAAAUCAGACCAAGAGGCAACACCAGGCCCAGAGGGGACUCCAUCAGCAGAGACCAAAGCUCAAACAGACUCCAGUAAUCCCGAAGGAGAGCUUGAUUCCAGCACCAGCCCAUCUGCAUCAAAUGCAACUCUUUCUGGAUCCUCCUCCGAGCCCACACCUACCUCCCCAGCUGUCCCCCAGCCCUCACCCCGGUAUUCCCCAAGUUCAGAGGCCCAGUCUGGGACUCCUGGAGAAGACCUCCCUGAACUUCUACCUGAAGGACAGAGAGAAUUGGACCCUGAAGGUCAGGAGGCAGCAUCUGACAAAACACUGCCUGAGGGCAGCAAACCCACAGCCACAAACCCAGAUAAUGCCCAAGCCAUUGAUGCUGCCUCACCUUCAGCCCCCACUACAGCUUCCACUGGCCCCACACAGGUAACACCCUCAGUCCCAGAAGAGUCGGAGGUUACCGCUGCCUCUGAAGACAGUACCACCGUCUCUAUCAAACCUGACCAGACACCCAGUGCCACUGGAGCAAGCCCAAGCUCAGACAGCCCCGAAGAGGAUGCCCCAACAACCACCCUUUCUGUCCCGCGUGAUCCCAGUGUUAGUUCAUCAGUGCCUGAGAAUGGUCCUAUGCCUAGUGGAGGGGACACCAGACAGGACAACAGUGUCCCCCAGACAGGAGAUCUGACGACACGUCCCACCACAGAUCGUACACCUACGUACCCAGUGGAACAGGAAAAGGAAGGAGACAAGACCACAGCAGAGAAUGCCACCACCAAACUCCUACCUAGCAAAUCCACAGAAAAGCCCAAACCCACUAAGCCCAGCACUUUUCCUGACAUCAACCAAGCUUUGGGCACAGUCAACCCCAGGGACUACCAAUCAGAUGAACAUAAUAACACCAACAUCUGCAGCGGACAUCCUGUCGGCGCGGUCACCACCCUGAAGAACGGGACUGUGGUGGCUUUCAGAGGGCACUAUUUUUGGAUGCUGGACAGUAACAGGGUGCCAGGACCUGCCCGUGGGAUUACAGAUGUGUGGGGCGUCCCCUCUCCAGUUGAUACUGUCUUCACCCGCUGCAACUGCCAGGGCAAGACCUACUUUUUUAAGGGUGCUAAGUAUUGGAGGUUUGAGAAUGGUAUGAUAGACUCUGGAUACCCCAAGCUGAUCAGGGUGGGCUUUGAUGGGCUUCAAGGACAGAUCACAGCGGCCCUAUCUGUGCCUGUGUAUCGCAAAAGGAGAGAGUCGGUCUACUUUUUCAAGAGAGGAGGCUUGGUGCAGAAGUAUUCGUACCAGUCUGUAACCAGUCCUACAUGUGGCAGGAAGAUCCAAUACUCUGUAUAUUCUGUACAAAACCGCGUUGCUAGGCAAGCAGUCUCUCUGCUGGGACCCGUGAUCAACAUGCGUCUGACCUGGAGAGGCUUUCCCUCAACUGUGACUUCCGCUGUGUCUAUCCCCGCGCCCAUGAAACCGGAGGGAUACAACUACUACCUCUUCUCGCGCUCCAAAUAUUACAACGUCAACAUGGUAGAUGAGCAACCUGUUAUAGCUACUCCCCCUCCAAGCACUGCUCCCCAGAACUCAGCCAAACACUUUUUCAACUGUCCAAAGGAAGUCUGAGGAAGUCCAGUAUAUUUAAAGACAGAUUCAAAUGCACACAAACGCUUCUCACAGAUUGCAAACUUUAUUACGGUUAUCAUUACAACACUUUAGCAAGGACACUGCUAACAAACUUCAGGCAAAAAA